AUGCCUCCAUCACGGCGCGCAGCGUCGCUGCAGAGUGUGAUCGCAGCACUGGAGACGGGUGCUGGUGCGCGAAAGCUGCCGAAGGCCAUCGAGAGUCUGCAGCUGCGUGUGCCGCGCAAGUUUGAAAACAAGCGUGACUGGUCGUUUCUGCGUAAGGAACUUCCUCGCCUCGUGUAUCACAACCCCGACUUGCAGGUGAAUGUCGAGCACCCAGACAAUGCGCCACCGAGCAUGAUCGUCCACUUCACCAACAUGCCUGAGCGCACGAUUAUCUUUGGAGACAAGUCGUCGGCUGACAUCACUAGUGAGCUCUUGGCCAUGGCCCAACACACAUAG